AUGUCUUCUUCUCAAUACGAAUUCAUCCUCACCUCCAGGCCAGAACCAGGCGUAACCCUCAUCACCUUGAACCGCCCAAAAGUUCUCAAUGCGCUCUGCUCACCUCUGUUCGUCGAGCUGAACAAGGCCGUUGUUGAGGCUGAUAAUGACGACUCUGUGGGCGCCAUUGUCUUGACCGGGUCAGAGAGGGCUUUCGCCGCUGGCGCAGACAUCAGAGAAAUGAAGGAUAAAGAGUACGCCGACGUGUACAAAAACAACUUUCUGGAGAGCUGGCAAGAUCUUACUAAGACCCGCAAACCAAUCAUUGCGGCUGUCAGUGGAUACGCUCUAGGCGGUGGAUGCGAGCUCGCGUUGAUGUGCGACAUCAUCCUUGCAUCUCCCACAGCCAAAUUCGGUCAGCCUGAAAUCAACCUUGGUGUCAUCCCCGGUGGCGGCGGAAGCCAGCGUCUUACAAAUGCUAUCGGAAAGUCUCGUGCAAUGGAGCUGAUCCUGACUGGACGCACAUUCACAGCGCAAGAGGCGGAGAAGUGGGGUAUGGUCAGUCGUGUUGUUGGUGAGGGCGAAGGAGAAGUUGUAAAGGAGGCUGUUGCAGUAGCAAAGGAAAUUUCGAGCAAGGGGAAAAUCGCCGUGCAAGCUGCGAAAGAAGUUGUCAACGCUGCUUAUGAAUUGAACCUUGCGGAGGGGCUGAGGUUUGAGAGAAGGAUAUUCCAUGGCUUAUUUGCUACAAAAGAUCAGAAAGAAGGUAUGACUGCCUUCGCAGAGAAGCGCAAGGCCCAGUUCACUAACUCGUAA